AUGAGUGGCGGCAAUGGAGAGUCCUCAGCUUCUUCAACAAGAAGGAUGCCUAAGGAGGACGUUGUAUCGGGGCCUUCGGGAGAUCCAUUGCAGAGUGAAGAGAGGAUUGGACGACUCCCUGGAGCCUCAGAGGAGGACAUGAGCUUCCUAGAGGCCGAACUGCAUCAUAGACUGAAUGAAUGGGGGCCGUUACUUAUUGCAGGGCAGAGACUUCUGGUCUGGGAGCGACCCCUGCCUAGCCUGAUAACAGCUGCUGCUCUCCAUGGAGUGUUUUGGCUGUUCUCAUACUUGUCCCCGCGACCUCUGUUCCUGGUCAGCUUCUCUCUCCUGUGUAUCCUGGGCGUGCAGCACUGGAAGAUCUGGUUACUUCAGCACUGUAAAGUUCAGACUCGGGCAGAGACAUCCAGUGACAGUGAGACGCUGGUUUCCGCAGGAGGCUCGAGUCAGCACCGGCUGCUGAGUGUGCGUGAGCUGUGCCAUUAUGUGGCUGAGACGUGGCUCACCUGCCAGCAAUACAGCCAGGAACUGCUGCUCUACAAAAAGCAGAACCCAGGCAAGUUCUGUGCCAUGGUUUGUUCGUGCUGUGCAGUGCUGGCUGUUGUUGGACAUUAUGUUCCGGGCAUUAUGAUUUCCUACAUAAUACUACUCAGCGUCCUAUUGUGGCCACUGGUUGUAUACCGGGAGCUGAUCCAGAGGAUGUACACCACUCUAGAGCCUGUUCUAAUGAAGAUUGAUUAUACUAUGAAGGGAGAGGACCUGCCUCGCUCACACAAGAAGAGACAAGUGAAAAAGGAGCAGGAGGAAGGAGAGGAGCCUACAGCAGAGACGGACAGCGAGAGCGAGAUUGAGCUCUCUGGCUUCUCUCCAGAGAUGGAUGUGCGGAUCACAGCCUUGGCUCUUUCUAUUACUGACUCGGAGCUAUCAGAUGAAGAGGCCUCUAUACUGGAGAGUGGAGGGUUCUCCGUAUCAAGAGCAACUACACCACAACUGACCGAUGUGUCAGAGGAUUUAGACCAGCCGAGCGCUGUGCCCGAAGACACCGUUUCUGCCGCCGAUUCCCCACUUUGGUUGGGACACCAUACAGGAGAUGGGAAACCUUUGCCAGCUGCUGAAACCUCCCUUUUACCAACUCAGACUCUGUCCCUAAGCCUAGAAGAGUUGCUGCCCACACUGACCUCCCCGCUUCACUUUGUCAACACACAUUUCAAUGGAAAGGGGCAAGCCGCAGGACUGGAGAUUGAAAUCCAGACCCGGAGCCAGGAAGACACCCUGCAGAGCCCAGUAGCACCGCAUGGUCGUCCGGGACUUUCACGUCCUGAAAGUCAAGAUUCUGGAGGAGACGGGGAAGAUUUUGAGCUCCUGGAGCAGGGAGAGUUGGAUCUGCUGCAAGAGGAGGUGGAGGAAGCUGAAAAGCACCUAACUGCCGUUAGUUCCUCUUCUCCAUCCUCUUCUCAUCUACAGCCAGAAGACUCGGCUUCCUAG